AUGGUGGCCGCAUACGUAAGAGCGGCUGUGAGCGUGACCGGUGUCAAUGAUGGCUACUCCUUGUGCCCGCAGCCGGCUGACGCCUCGGGCGAGAAUCCGGCCGCGCGCGGCCUCGAGUCGCCGGGUUUGGGCAUGGCCCUCGUCCCUGACCUGGUGGGCAGGACUGAGAUCGUCACCGAUGAGAUGGCGUCCUGCGUGUACAAGCUGCUGCCAGCGCGCGUCGAGGGGCAUCCGUGGAAUCUGCUCUUCAGCACCAGUGAGCACGGGUUCAGCCUGAAGUCGCUGUACCGCCGGGCUGCCGAGCAUGAGUGCCCCAUGGUGUUCGGGGCUGUAAUUUCGGAUCCUAUCCGGAUGGAUCCCCACUACUACGGCACUGGCGAAUCGUUCCUGUUCACGUUCCACCCGGAGUUCCGCGAGUUCCGGUGGAGCGGCUACGGCCUUGAAUUCGGCUCCGGAGAGGGCCGCUCUGGCCUGUUUUUGGAUGAGGAGCUGUACCGCGGCCACACAGAGCCGUGCCGCACCUACAAUAACGAGCCGCUCACCACCAGCCGCGACUUCCUCAUCCACGCCGUCGAGCUCUGGGCGCUGGCGUGAGGCGAGCUCGCGGACAGCACGGCGGCGCGGCGGCCGGCCCGACACUAGCGCCAUCUAUACUGCGAGCGUCGUCUGUAGGGCGUGAUGGGUCUGCCAGGUGGCACGGUGGUCGGUCUGGUGCGGAUCCCUCCGCUCGGAGCGCAAGGAUUUGUGCGCG